AUGCGCAGUGCAUUACGAUACAAAACAAAACACGUACGAACCUGCACUGGAAUACCGCGCCCCGCGUCGGUGCGACAUUUCGUCCGCGUCACAUGAUUAGCCUCAGUGCUAUUCGAACAUUACUCGCGUGCGUUUGUUUUGUUUUUUUGGUAGCAUUUCUUUAUUUAAGAGUCGAAUAUUACGUAUAUAUUUUUUUCGAAGUCUUAUUCAAAUGUUAAGCUAUCAUGGGUCGUGGUCGAAAAUUGACUAAAAUCAAAAGAGAAAAAGUGAAUUUUUAUUUGGAUCAAAAACUAUCUCACCGUGAAAUUGCAAUAAAAGUUGGUCGCAGUCCUAAAGUAGUUAAUAAUUAUGUGAAAAAUAAAGAAAACUAUGGGAAAAACUAUAAAAGUCGUACAAAAUUGGCUACUUCGUCGAGUGAACGUCGGCUUAUUUUACGUGCAGCAUCUAAUUCUUCCAAGACAGCGCGACAAAUUGCGAAUGAAGUAAACACCAGCGCAUCACUGUCUACCGUGCGACGCAUUAUAAAGUCAUCACCAAACCUUAAACGGCAGAAAAUCAAGAGGAAACCUCAUUUGCGCGAUCAAUAUCAAAAAGCCCGUUGUUAUUUGCUAAAAUACAUAUGUCUUGGACAAAUCAAUGGCAUAAUGUUGUUUUUAGUGAUGAAAAAAAAUUCAAUUUAGAUGGUCCAGAUGGUUAUUCAUAUUAUUUUCACGAUCUAAGAAAAGAAGAGCGGCUGUUAUCACGUCGUCAUUCGGGAGGUGGCUCAGUAAUGGUAUGGGGGGAGGUUUCUUAUAAGGGGCCUAUUCCAAUUUCAAUUCUCCGAGGCAAACAAAAUUCAGCAUUGUAUACUAAUCUAUUAGAAGAAAAGAAAAAAAAUAUUUGUAAAAUUUUAAAACACCGGAACUGGAUUUUCCAACACGAUAAUGCCUCUAUACAUGCGUCACAGGAAACAAAAGCUUGGUUUCAAAAAAGUAAAACUGAAGUUUUAGAUUGGCCAUCGAACUCUCCGAACUUGAAUAUUAUGGAAUAUAUUUAGGGCUAUCUAUCUCGCCAGAUAUUUGCCGGUGGACGCCAGUUUAAUAGCAGCGCAGAUCUUGAACAAGAAAUUCAUAAAAAUUGAAAUAAUUUGGAUCAAAAUUACAUUCAUUCACUAUAUAAGUCUAUUCCCGAACGUAUUUUUGAAGUUAUUAAAAACAAUGGAAAGUAUACAAAGUAUUAAAAACAAACUAUAGCCUUAUUUAUUUGUGUUUUAUUUCACUGAUGCUAUUCAAGUGACGCACCAUUUUCACUACUUUAGUGUGCAGUUAGUACUAUUUAUUUAUCUUAUUUUUACUUUUUAUGAUUAAGCUAUAGUACGACGCUUAUGAA